AGAAGGUUGCCAGCAGCUCUUAUCUGCUGGGUUGCUAGAAGCGGCUUCUGGAGUGAAGAAGGAGGAAGCAGAGGCAGGUCCGAAGAAGGGGGAAGCGGGGAGGAAAGAGCCAUCGGGUCGGUUUGGGCCCAGAAGAGGAAUGGGACCUUAUUCUGGGCUGAAAAGGGAGAGAAGGACUCCUUCCUAAAAGAUGGAAGCUUUACAGACCUGUGCUUGUUCUGGACCAGGAAGAGAUUUGGGUGCCCAAAACUGCCUAAAUGGAACCUUCCUAUAUUUUGCCUACGGUAGUAACUUGUUGCGGGAGAGGAUAAUGUUAAGAAACCCGUCUGUGGCUUUUCUCACACUGGCACAUCUUCUGGAUUAUAAACUUGCUUUUGGCUCUUAUCAAGGCAAACCAAGUUCGUCUUGGCAUGGAAGUACAGCAACUAUUGUUUGUUCUCCGAGCGAUGAAGUGUGGGGAAUCAUAUGGAAAAUGAACACUAGUGAUUUAUGUUCUCUUGAUCAACAAGAGGGCGUUGAAAGGGGUAUCUAUGUCCCAAUUGAAGUGACUGUUACAUCUCAAGAAGGAAAAGUAUUUAAGUGCCGAAGUUACCAAAUGGAUAAUUAUGUUUCUGGGCUUCCUUCUCCACAUUACAAAAAGGUCAUUUGUAUGGGUGCCAAGCAGAACGGUUUGCCAGUCGACUAUCAGAAGAAAUUGGAUUCUAUAGAGACAAACAACUACGAAGGGCCUGUGCCGGUGUUUGAUGAAAUUAAAGCUGCUCUCAGUGCAUCAGAGGCAAUAGAAUAAAUAACAGAAAAUAAUAAAAAAUAUUUUAGAAAGUA